GGAGAGCGGGAAAAGUUAGUUUCAAUGGAUAUCCCUGCAAAGCAGCAGUAAUGAUAGUGGCGACGCCAAUCUCGGGAAGAGAAGAAACCAGCAGUGGAGCAACGUGCUUGGCCCAUUUUAACUACACACAACUGCCGAAAUAUGAUCGUUCAUAUUGUGUAAUUUGUUAAUAGUCCGCGCUCCCCUCUUCCAUUUUAUCGUUACGCAAAGACAAUACGAAUAUUGUAUUUUCAUUGUCGGACACGUUUUUUACGUAAUUUUCACGAGAACAAAAAGUAACAUUAGCGUUAACAUCAACGUCUACCCUUUUUAUCGCCAACACAAAUCACCGGAGCCUCAUGUCUCUCUGCUGGUAUUGUUUCUAAUGUUUUACACCGCGCUUGGAUUUAACCAUGGAUAUUCGAAAUGAGCUUGAUUUUCAAUUUUUGGAUUUACAUGAUUUAAAUGAAAAUGACAAGAAUCAUUUACUUAGUAUCCUGAAAUCUAAUGUCACUACUGAUGCCUUAAAAUUGCCAUGGGAUACGGUUGAAACUAAUAAUGAUAUCAAUGCUUCUAUAACAGAAAUUCCACAGUUACAAAAUCAGUGGUAUCACAAUGCAAUACCACCACCACCUCCUUCAUAUACGCAACAAAUAAUGUGCAAUGAGUGGCAGGGUCCACCUAUAUAUCCUGUUCCAACAGAUGCUCAUAUACAACCAUUUAUGCCUGCAAUUACUUAUUCUCAUCCUGGAUAUAAUCUUGGUGGUGAGAUCCACGAUGUUAAUUGUAACAGAGAAAACAAUAGAAGAAAUAACAGAGGGAGAGGUAUAAGGAGAGAUAAUUUCAAUCGUGGAAUGAAUCCUGCAAAUGAAAUACAGCCUGGAUAUAUGGGAGAACAAGGACAAUUUCAUCCACAACUAUCUUUUGUAGUUAUGUAUCCUGAUCAAACUCAACAACAGCAAUUCUCUGGUCACGUUCAUUAUCCUCCAUUAGCAAUAUAUCAGCCGAAUCUUCAUACGCACACAAAUACACAUCCACAUGCACAACCUACAUAUGGAUAUCCUCCAUAUCAUCAUCCUUCUAAUAAUAUGAGAUGCAUUCGACAAGCAACACCUAUGCUUUCUCAACCUGCUCAAGACUGUACAAAAAUACAGACUACAAAAUCACAUGAGAAACAAAUGCAAAAUGUCUAUACGCCUGCUAAACAACCUUUUCAUCAAAUAAAUGAGGAGGAUAACUCCUCGCAGACCAAUAUAGUUACUACAGUAAUAACUGUAAAUAACAGUAAAGUUGAACAAUGCAAUGACAAUGUGGAUGACAAUACUGCCACCAGGAAAAAUGCCAAUGCAAAUGGAAAAGUACCUCCUGUAAAUGUGAAAAUAGAGCAUAAUAUUGUGUCAACUGUGAAUGAAAAUUGUAAUGGAGCUGAGAAAAAUGAUGUGCCAUGCGUGAAUAUUAAUAGUAGCAUUGAAGUGAAACAAAAUGGAGAAACUGAUAAAGAAUAUAAGAAUGAAACUGUUUCUAGUAUUAAAACUACUGUUGUUAAAACACUGUCGAAACCAGUAUCUAAAGGUGAAAGUGAAGCACAAAAGGAGGAUACUUCUAUAAAGAGCGGACCGGAUGAAGUUGUUAGUAAAACACCAAAUAAUUCUUCUGUUACUACCAACACUCCAGUAGCUGUUCCCGCUACAUCAUCCUCAGGUGCAUCUAGUAUAUCUUGGGCGAGUGUUUUGAAAAAGGGAAAUGCAGAUGCACAAUCAACUGUCUCGAAUUACAAACCUAUGGCGCGCAUUAAUCCUUUACCCGCUAGUCCAAUUACAGAAAGUAAUGUAAUUACCAAAGUACCGUCACAAUCAGAAAAAGAUCAACGUACAAGUACAUCAGGUUUUGUAAAUGAUGCCGUACCAUCCAGUUCACAAAACGUAGUAAAUGAAAAUAAGAACAUACAAGCAGAAUCAUUGCAAAAUCGAUACAAUGAUCCUAUUUCCUAUCGGAUGGGAGAAUUUUUAUUAAAUUAUCAAAUGGAUAAACAAACUGUAAGUUUAUUACCUCGAGGAUUAACAAAUCGUAGCAAUUACUGUUACAUUAAUAGUAUAUUACAAGCUUUGCUAGCUUGUCCACCUUUUUAUAAUCUUUUAAUGGCUCUACCGCAUUCUAAAAAUCCCAGUAAAAUGUCUUCCACUCCACUUAUCGAUAAUAUGAUCAAAUUUGUACAUGAAUUUACACCUUUAUCGGAUGGUGCACGAUUGGCUAGAAAAGAUAGGGUGAACAAACGAGGGGAAGACACAGUAGUAGAUAUACAGAGUGGAGUGGCCUUUGAACCUUCUUAUGUAUAUACAAUGUUAAAAAACACGUCAGCUGCGGGUGUAUUUUCUGUGGAAGGGCGCCAAGAAGAUGCAGAAGAGUUCCUUUCGUGCCUUCUGAAUGGUAUCAAUGAUGAAAUGCUUGAACUUAUUAAAUUAGCGAAUAACGACCAAAACGUAAUGACUAGUGUUGAAACUAAUAUAAACUAUAAUAAUGGAGAAGAAGAAUGGAAGGUUAUGGGCCCAAAAAAUAAAGGAUCUAUUACACGAUGCACCGAAUUCGGUAGAACACCAUUAUCUGAUAUAUUCCGCGGACAAUUAAGAUCGAGGGUAUCACGAGCAGGAGAACAACCAACAGAUAACGUCCAGCCUUUUUUUACAUUACAACUUGAUAUCGAGAAAGCUGUAUCCGUGAAAAGCGCGCUCGAAAUUCUUGUUGGAAAAGACCAAUUAGAAGGAAUAACAUGUAGUAAAACAAAACAACAAAUAGAAGCCUGGAAGCAAGUUACUUUAGAAGAAUUGCCAGUCAUUCUUAUAUUACAUUUAAAGUGGUUCGACUACAAACUUGAUGGAUGUUCAAAAAUUCUAAAAAGCGUAGAGUUUCCAGUGGACCUGAAAUUAGAUAGUAAAUUCCUAUCGCCAAAUGCUAUGAAAAAAUUGAAUCCAAAACAAAAACAUUAUAAACUGUUUGCUGUUACUUAUCACGAUGGAAAAGAAGCGACAAAAGGUCAUUAUGUAACGGAUGCCUUUCAUGUUGGAUACGGUGGUUGGGUCAGGUAUGACGAUAGUUCAUUAAAAGGUGUUUCAGAGGGUAAUGUAUUAAAGCCAACUCCUCCCAGAGUUCCAUAUUUAUUAUAUUAUCGAAGAUGCGAUACUAUCGGAAAUAAUCAGUCAAAUAGUGGUAAAGCACGUUAGACAGAAAACAUUAAACGUGUAGGUGAAACUGUAUUUUAAGUCUAAAGAGGCAAUUUGAAAGAAUGGCUUUUACAGUUUUGUGGUUCUUGUUGAUAUUUAUACCUAAAUACAGAGAGUGUUUAUUAUCCAAUAUCAUGAGAAACAAAAAGCUAUUUCCUUUUAACAUGCUGUACUUCCAUCUAAUAUUUGUACUAAGAUUGUUGUUACAAGGUUUAUGCAUAGUUUUCUUGGUACACAAAAUAAAAAGACAGUUAAAGUUGAAGUUAAAUAAGAGUUUUGAUUUUGGCACUCAUAGUUCUAUUGAAGUUACAUAAUUAAGCGCUUACACAUUACAUUUUAUAAAAAUAUUAAAUGUCGAGAUCUCUUGUACAUAUCUUUCUUAUCUGAUUGUGAGUAUAUAAUAUGUGAGAGAAAAUAUACAUAACUUUGUAGAAAAGGAGACAAAAAUAUAGAUAAAAGUUUUUCUACUUUAAGGACAAAAUUUCUAUGAAAUGCAAAUUUUAUAUAUAUCUGAGAAAAGGACAUUUUAAGCCUUAAGUUAUUUUUGUAUAUAACCUUCCUGCGCACUUAUAAAUAUAUAUUCCAACUUGCCAAUAAUUUCUUCAUUUCAUUAUAUACUAAUUUAAUGAUUUUUUACUUGCUGAAACUCUAUUCAAAUGUUGUGUUUCUCUGCUUCCAGUAUUAUUUUAUUUCAGUGUUAUUUUCGUCUGGAAAUUAGUAAAAAACAUUUUUCUAGAAAAAGAAAUAAUUGGUAAGAUGGAAUACUGACAUCGGUAGUAAGGGAGAUUGUAUAAACAAUACCGAAUUCGUGUACAAAUCUACAUUGUAUACGUUAGAUUUGCAUCUUCAAUUAUUAAAUUUUUGAAAAAAAGGGAAGAAAAGCAAAAGAAAAAAAAAUGUACUCAUUCAUAUAUUGCCUUUUUUUUACAUCUUAACUCAUGUAAAAGUAUGUUUUCUAUUUUUUUGUAACAAAUUUAACUAUUAAAUUGAAUUUAUACUAUUAACAAAUUAACAAAUAAUUGAUUGUAUUAUGUUAUUUAUAUUAUAAAAAUGCUUAAAUUAUGUCAAGAUUCUUACUAUUAGAAUGUGUGGUAAAUUAGGAGAAUUAAUACUUAUUGAAUUGGAAUUGGUUUUACACAGAAAAACUAUUAAUUGCUUUGGGUCAUUGCAAGUAUGAUUUUGUAACUUUACUGUUUCUUUUUCUCCAUUUUGAACUACUUUAAAAAACUUAUAAUUUAAAUAAAAUAAUAUUUAUACGCGAAUGUAGUAAUUUAAUAAAGCAGCAAAGUUAUAGAAUUCCAUUGCGAAACAUCUUAUAUACAAUAUUUACAUGUUAUUCACCAGAUAAUGUAGAUAAGAUAUGUUUUAAGUAAAAUUUUACAGUUGUAAUUUAUGCGUCAAAAUACAAAGUAAUAAUUUUCAUUUACUUCCUGUGGAAUUGUAAAUAUAUAUCUA